AGCAUGCGCAUUGACAGAAGCCGUCACCGCAGUCCAGUGUGUUGAGUAGAAGCCUAGUAGGGACAAUAGAUUAAAAAUAGAAAAGUAAAGGUGAUAAAGGCGGAGAUAAGGAGCAGAACUAGAGACGGAGGAGACAUGGAUCAGUUGGAGCGUCCCCAAGAUGACAACGCACAGGAGACAGAUUGUCACGUUGACAAUGCCGAUGGAAACAACAACAACAACAACCGCCGCAAGACGGUGUGCCCAGGUGCAGGUGAGCACCCCCUGCAGUAUAACUACACCUUCUGGUACAGCAGGAGGACCCCGAGCCGUCCCGCCAGCUCUCUGAGCUACGAGCAGAACAUACGACAGAUCGGCACCGUGGCCUCGGUGGAGCAGUUCUGGAGGUUUUACAGUCAUCUGGUGAGGCCAGGUGACCUGAGCGGGCACAGCGACUUCCACCUGUUCAAGGAGGGCAUCAAACCCAUGUGGGAGGACGAGUCUAACCGCAGUGGGGGGAAGUGGAUCAUUCGGCUGCGUAAGGGUCUGGCGAGUCGGUUCUGGGAGAACAUCAUCCUGGCCAUGCUAGGGGAGCAGUUCAUGGUGGGAGAGGAGAUCUGUGGGGCUGUGGUCUCCAUACGCUUCCAGGAGGACAUCCUGUCGAUCUGGAACAGGACGUCCAACGACCAGACGACGACGUCCAGAAUCAGAGACACUUUGAGACGAGUCCUGAACCUUCCAGCUAACACCAUCAUGGAGUACAAGACCCACAACGACAGCCUCAGGGACAACUCGAGCUUCAGGAACACCAAGAUCUCUGUCUGAGGUCACCAGGGUCAGCCGAAUGGCCCUCUGACCAAUCAGGAACUGCCGUGGUGUUACUCUGCUCUCUCACUGGCCAGAGGAUGGCCACAUGGACCAAUAAACUGACUGAACUGGACUGACGGUGUUAGUUUGUAAUCUCUGAAGUUUCUGCUUGUGUAAAUAAAACUGACUCUUCUUUAAACUCUGAGUGUGACUCU